AACUCCUUGUUUGGUUGUAUCAUUUUUCAGACAUUAACGAGUGCGAUGAUCCAACUUUGAACAAGUGCACAAACUAUUGCAAGAAUAGCAAGGGGAGCUACACUUGUUCCUGCCCCAAAGGCCACAACGGAGACGGCCGGAAAGACGGCUCCGGCUGUAUUCCCAAUCGUGGCUCUUCUUUUCAACCCAUCGUCGGUAAUAUCACCGAAAUACCCCCUCCACUAUUAAACGCAUGAAAAAUUCUUAGCUCUAAUCUUGCUUAGGUGUAGAAGUUCUAACCAUCUAUAUGUCAGUUUGUUACCUUUUUUUCUUAAUAUUUAAUAUUCUGAAUUAUGCUAAAAAAAUCAAUAAUUAAAAUAUAAAAAGAAAAUAUGAAUCCACUAACAAAAAACAAACAUGUAGUUGGUUGAAAGUUCUGCGUCCAAUCAAGAUUGCGUUGUAACUGACGUGUACCCUCUACACAACAAACCAUAUUCGCAGGAGUCAGCGCCAGCGUGUCGUUUGCAUUCCUCUUCAUCUACCUAACCUUCAUGGGCGUCCACAAGCGGAAGCAAAUGAAGCACAAGAGAGAGUUCUUCAAGCAGAACGGCGGCAUUCUCCUCCAACAGCUCCUCUUCAAAACCAACCCUAAUUCCUCCUCCUCCUCACUCAACAACAACAACACCGCCAGAAUCUUCACCGAGCACGAGCUCAACCUCGCCACAAAAAACUUCAACAAGUCCAUGGUCGUCGGCCGCGGCGGCUUCGGCGUCGUCUACAAGGGCACCUUCUCCUCCUCCACCUCAUCCUCCGCCGCAACCACGGUGGCGAUCAAGAAGUCGAUGGCCAUCGACCGGAGCCAGAUCGAGCAGUUCGUCAACGAGGUGAUCGUGCUGUCGCAGAUCCACCACCCAAACGCGGUGAAGCUUUUGGGUUGCUGCCUGGAGACGCAGGUGCCGCUGCUGGUGUACGAGUUCAUCACCAACGGGACGUUGUUCGAGCACGUGCAUGAGGAAGGUUUUAAAGGGUCGCUGCCGUGGGAGACGAGGCUGAGGAUCGCGGUGGAGACGGCGGCUGCGCUGGCGUACAUGCACUCCAACCAGAUCAUACACAGGGACGUGAAGUCGGCGAAUAUAUUGCUGGAUGAUGGGUUCACGGCGAAGGUGGCGGAUUUCGGGGUGUCGAGGCUUGUGCCGUUUGACGAGGAGCAGAUUUCCACGUUGGUUCAGGGAACCUUGGGGUACAUGGAUCCCGAAUACUUCCAGUCAGGUAUAUAAACCCUUUUUACUAUUAUACUAUAUAUGCGUUGAUUCGUGUCCUUGGGUGAUUAUUCACGUAUUUCGAUGAUCAUUUUCAUGUUCAAUGUAGUCAAAUCGCGCUGAAAUGCGUAUGCUUUUACACUACUAGGUCACCAUAAUGCUUCUAUACAUAGAAUCGUUCUUUUCACUUGCAAUUUUAGUCAGAAUCUACGCUUUAAAAAGCUUAUCAUCUUACGUUUUUACGCUUCUGGAUCACCAAAAUGCUUCUGAUUGAUUAGAAUCGUGGUUUUGAAUGCAUCGUUCACGUUGGAGUUAUUUUUAUUCACAUAAGAAUAACAUAACCUUUUCCCUAACAAUUUCUAUUUGCCAUAUUAUAUGGAAAUAAAUUUGAAAUUUCAAUAUUUUGUGUAAAAAUGAGGUGCAUUGGUCACAAUCUACACAACAAUAUCCAAAUUAUCCAUUUUGAUACACUUCAACAUUUAAAAUUUGAUAUUACAGCGGAAAAAUAACAUUGUACAUGAAUAAACACUAGGUUUCAUAAAUAAUCAUAACUGUUUGCACGAAUAACUACCAUUAUUACGUGAAUAAACACUAAUACACCGUGCAUAAGCAUAAAUUUACAUGAACAAAACUUGAAAAAAUGC